CGGUGGAGUCAGGACUUGAACCAGCGGGAGGCCAGGCAGCAUGAGCGCGGUGUGCGGGGCACAGAGCAGGUGCCUCCCGGCCGGCGCCAGCAACAUGAACGCCAAGGCAGCAGUGGCACAGCGGGCAGCCUUCCUGCCCGCGCAGCGGGCCGUGCAGCAGCGUCGUGGCAGCCUUCAGAUACAGGCAGCGAUCAGCCGGCAACGCAAGGAGGAGACUGUGGAGCAGCUGGAGGGCCUGCUGCAGGGCAGCGCGGUGGUGGUGGGCCUGCGGUACCAGGGCCUGACCGUGAAGCAGCUGCAGGACUUCCGCCGCUCGCUGCCCGCAUCCAGCAAGAUGCUGGUGUGCAAGAACACGCUGAUGCGGGUGGCCUGCGACAAGGUGGAGGGCUGGUCCGAGCUCAAGCCGGCCACCACGGGCGACAACGCGUGGCUGUUUGUGAACGAGGAGGUGAUUGCGGAGAGCAUCAAGGCGUAUGUGGCGUUUGAGAAGAAGCUGGUGGAGGGGUUGCCCAAGGAGGAGCGCGCCACCGCACGCCCCAUCGACAUUAGCGGCGGGUGCAUGGACGGCACCCUGAUGGACUAUGUGGCUGUGAAGAAGCUGGAGUCGAUGCCCACCAAGCUGGAGCUGAUUGCCACCAUUGCGCGCCUGAUCAACCAGGUGCCCACCAAGGUGGCCCGCGGCAUCAACCAGGUCCCCACCAAGCUGGCCUAUGGCGUCAAGGCGCUGGCCGACGGCGACGACAACAAGGAGCUGGUGGUGGGGGACCUCUUCCCCAAGCCGGAGUCGGCAUGAGGCCACGCCCGGUACAGCGCGCCACGCGGGCGGCGGCGACUGCGAUUGCACGCCGCCCCCAUGCUGCGCAAGGGCCCCCCACUCACUCUUCUAGCUACCACCACUCUCCUCAGUUUUCUCCGCUGCUCAGCUGCGUGCCACCCGAGAGCCCUUUGCAUGGCGGCAUCAGCGCAUGUAACCAACUCGAAUC